AUGGAGGACAAUAAGUCUGCAUAUUAUGUUCAUAGCUUUGCUCAUGGUCUUCAUUCAAUUCUCAUGGAGGAGGCGAAAAUCCAUAAAGAAGUCAUGGGUUUCUUUACUGAGGUUACAAAUGUAGUGAAUGUUGUUGGGACCUUUGUGCAAUGUCGUGAUACACUUCAAAAGAAACAUGGUGUGUUAGUUCUCGAAGCACUCAGUACUGAUGUGCUUGAGGUCAUAGCAGAGUUUGGAUCUGAUUCUGAGCAGAAAUAUAAAGCAGAGGUUCUAUUGGAUUCCCUCCAGUCUUUCAAUUUCAUAUUUUGCUUACAUAUGAUAGUAAUGAUUCUGCGAAUCACACUUGAUUUGGCACAAGCCUUACAAGGAAAAGAUCAAGAUAUUCUGAAGGUCAUGAGAUCGCAUAUUGAAAAGAUGGAUGAUGUGUUUCUAACUCGAGGGAGGCCAAGGCAUAAAGCUCAGAUGAUCACAAACAAAUACCAUUAUUGUGUUGAUUUGUUCUACAAUGUUACAGAUAUGCAGCUCCGAGCGUUAAACAGUCUAUUCACUGAGACGACUACUGGGUUGCUUCGUUGUGCGGUAUGUUUAAGUCCAAGUGAUUCAUUCUCUGCUUUCGAUAAACUGAAGUUGAUUCAACUUGCUCAGUAUUAUCCAAUUGACUUUUCGGCAACUGACCUUAUGGUUCUUGAAGACCAGCUUGAGAAUUACAUUUUUGACAUGCAUUCUAGUAAUGAGUUCUCAAGCUUGAAAGGAAUUUCUGAUCUUGCUGAAAAACUGGUUGAGACUGGGAAAGAUCAGGUUUUCCCUUUAGUUUAUUUGCUGGCGACUUUGGCCCUGAUUUUACCUGUUGCAACUCCAAAAGUGGAACGGCUGUUUUCUGCUGUAGAUUUUUUGAAGAAUCGAUUACACAUGCAAAUGGAAGAUAAAUGGAUGAGAAAUAGCUUAAUUGGAUAUGUUGAGAAGGACAUUCCUGAUAGUAUUGAUAACAAGGUCAUACUGCAGCGCCUUCAGCAUGUUAAGAAGUUUUCAUGGAAGCUGUAG